GAGAGAGAGAACUAGCUAGAGUGAGAGAGAGGUGGACUGAGGGAGCGAGAGAGAGGGAGAGAGAGAGAGAGGGAGAACCCGUUUCCUAUUCAGGUACCCUCUGGGCUUCCUUUACUCCUGGACGGAAGCACUUGGCAGUCCAGCUUCAUCUCAGGAGUGUCCUCUUUCACGGCCACUCGCGCUCUCAUCCAUUUCGCCCGUUCUCUCGCGCUUUCUCAGGACACCGUCUUCUCUGCCAAUUCCAGCCACCGCACACACAGAGGUAAUGGCUGAGAUGGAAGUCCUGUCUGCACCCCUUAACAUCCAGAUCAUUGAGGUGACCUGUGACUCAUUCCGGGUUACCUGGGAGAUGACCCCGCAGGACAAAGCCCGUGUGACGCACUACUUCAUUGACUUGAGCCGGAAAGAGGGAGGAGAGCAGAAGCACUUCAAGCACAGAGAUGUACCCACCAAGCUGGUAGCCAAGGCAGUGCCUCUACCCAUGACAGUGAGAGGCCACUGGUUCCUGAGCCCUCGCACCGAGUACUGCGUAUCCGUGCAGACGGCCAUCCGGCAGCCGGACGGAGACUAUCAGGUUUCGGACUGGAGCCAAGUGGUGGAGUUCUGCACUGGGGAUUACUCCAUGGACCUCCUGCAGCAACUGCUGGACAAAGCUCAGGGUGCCGCUGGCAGGAUGCUCCCGUUCUUCGUUUUCUACCGCGACCAGCACCAUGAGUACUUCCAUUACGCGAGAACAGAAUGGAAAGGUGCAAUGCUGCCCUCUCUGAAAGACAACAGCGGCAGCCACGGGUCCCCCAUUAACGGCAAGCUGUGUGGUGUUUUCCUCAGCUGCAACACCGAGUUCGACACGGGCCUCCCUCCCAACGACUCCCCCUACGGCCCUCUGCGCUUCCAGCUUUCCGCUGGCCACCUUCUCAACCCCGACACCCGUCUUUAUUUUGCCGACUUCUACUGCAUGUACACCGCCUAUCAUUACGUGGUGCUGGUGCUGGCCCCUGCUGGCUCGGAGGGGGAUCGCUUCUGCAGCGGCCGACUCCCACUGCUGGACCUCGCGGCCAAUCAUUUUCUGACUUACGUCCCGGGGGAGGAGCCAAAGUUCUGUCACGCCAGCGAUGUCAUAUUAGAGAUUCUGUACACAGAGCCUCUGGCUCUGGACCUGGGCACGAUGGCGCAGAUCAGUGGGCAUCACCAACUCACGAGCCUCUCUACUGCCAAUGCCAAGAAAGACCCCAGCUGUAAAGUGUGUAACAUCAGUGUUGGCCGCUGAGCAGAGGACGCUGGGAGAAUGAAUCUGGACUCCAUCAUCCAAAUGCCUUGGGGAAUAAUUUGAGAGCACAAAGAAGAUUUUCAUCUGCAACCUCUAUCACAAUUCACAUACAUUAUAGAAAUGAAUGGGGGUGAGGGAAGACAGAUCAGUGAACACCCUUUAAUUAAGUGACAUCGAGUCUCGCAGGUGUCAAAAAAUCAGUGAUGCAUUCUAACUAAAGCCUAAAGGUUCUGAAACAUUAAGUCAAAUGAUGUAAUAUUGAUACGGAUAUCAUGCAGCAGUAAUUUGGAUCUAAAAGUAUAAGCCAUAAAAUGUACUCAUUGCAAAAUAUAUUUCUUUAUUUUUUAUUUUUUGAUUUACAAUAAUCUAUAUCUUCAUUGUUCCUCUGUCUGGCAUGUGUCCUGGAGAGUGUUAUAUACAAAUCAAUCAUCAGUAAACAUGAAAAUAAAAAGGUAAAUAACGAGGCCCAUGGUGGUGUUGGCAAAAACACCUACAGGAAGUGAUGAGAAGCUGUGACCUGGCAAUUCCUGUCUCUUUCUUCAAUGACUCACACAUUCUCGACACUGACAUUUAAGGAUGUUACGAUGUCUCAUGAGUGUUUCAUCAUAUCCUGUGAUGUGAGAACCAUUAAAAAGAAUGUCAAUCAGCA